CUGCGCUUAAACUAUCGAUAAAAUUUACCUAGUUCAAUCAGCUGUUUUCUUCUUGCGGAACAAAUCGAACUGAAACAAACAUAUAGAGAAUUUACUGCCACAUGUGACAGAGGCAUUCAACUGCCGCCACCUUGCUGAAUCCUCCGGACAAGCGCCGUAAAAGACACCAAAUUAUAUAACCGCCGGCUAAAGAAACACAUGAGUCCCUACAGCGGCUCCGUUCGUCGUCUGCUGGACAGCUGGCCCGGAAAGCAACGCUUCGGAGUCUACCGGUUCCUGCCGCUCUUCUUUUUGCUGGGCGCCGGACUAGAAUUCUCUAUGAUCAACUGGACCGUUGGGGAGACCAACUUUUAUCGCACAUUUAAGCGCCGCCAGGCUAAGAACUACGUGGAGGAGCAGCAGCAUUUGCAGGAAAGGCAGACCACCACCGAGCAGUGAUCAACAAUGCCCGCCGGUGUUUCUUGGGGACAGUACAUGAAGUUCUUGGGCAGUGCCAUGCUGGCCAUGAU